CUGCAAAAGCUUUCAUCGGGAUUCAGUAAAGCUGCAGCAUUCAACAUGAGCUCAGAAGCAAAACCUCCCAUCCUCGCUGCUCCGCUUGAGAUUCGAUUUGAAAUAUACCGCCAUGUGUGGAUGAUUCCAGACAGCGAUCUCCCCAGACUCCUUGAGGCUUGCAGACAACAGAGUGGCCGGGUCCAUCUAUAUCCAGAGAUCUACUACUUUAGGCACCAAGUCGAACUACUUAAUGCGCUGGUGUCAAUCUGUCGGCAGAUCCGCGACGAGGUCCUCUCGGAAUACUUUCAUCAAACUCAAGUUGGCGUUUCCAACUGGCGGGACCAUAACCCCAUGCUUAAAGAGGUACUACUUCUACCUCUAGAUAUGCAACACAUCCAGUCCUCUCUUCUAUUCGUGUCCUAUACUCAGCACGUCAGUCUUUUUUGGACUGCAGGUGAAUCUGAUCUCAUGACCAGAGCCCUGGACUGGCUAUUGCAGCUGAAGCAACUCAAGACUCUCGAGCUGAUUAUCAAUUGGCCUUCGCGCCAUGUGGAGUCAGCUCUCAACGAGAUUCUUGACUCCAGUCUCUUUGAGAGACUCACAACCUUGCGCAACCUGGAGAAAAUUGUUGUCAAGCUCUAUGGUGAUUCUUUGGAGGAAACGCCCGAGAUCCGGAGGAUUGAAGACAUCCUCUCGAAGUCGGUCCGGGAGGACCUCAGACAGGUAUAUUGUACUCCCAUGAAGAGGGUUCCUCGAUUUUUCUCCCACUCUCUCAAAGACACAUGA